GAAGCGGAAAAUGGUCAAAGUGAAACACCGCCUGAUCUUAAUUUUUCUCAAAGGGCAGAUUUUAUGUUUGUACUUCUGGUGGGGGAAGCCGCCGAUAUGCCUAAUCCCCGAAUGCGCGAUGGAGGGCGAUUUCGUGAACAGCAGAUGAUCACGUGACUUUCCCUGCCCACGAAAACGGCCAACGAGUUUUCCCACUCCCCCGCAAGGAAAGUGGGGCACAACGCACACACAAGAGAAGGAGACCAACAGAGACAGAGAAAGAGAAUGGCGUUAUCGGUGCGAUUAGGCGGCUUCGCCGUCGUGGCGGCGGCUGUGGCUGUGCUGUACGCUUCCGCGAUCAGCAGAAACCCCAGCAGGUGGAGCAAGGAAGAGGUUCUCACGGCGUUCAGGGGCCUUUCUGACAGGUUGGGUCUCUGGGCGAUCCCUUUGUACGUGGGAGUCCACACUCUCACCAUCUCUUUGUGCUUACCAUACGCCAUCUUCUUCGGCGGGGCCUCUCUCCUAUUCGGCUUCUUCCCUGGCAUCCUUUGUGUCUUCUUCGCAAAGAUCCUCGGUGCCUCGCUCUCUUUCUCGGUCGGAAGGAUAGUUUUCAGGAGUUCAAGUUCUGCAGUGGAAUGGGUACAAAGAAACAAAUAUUUUCACUUGCUGGCUAGAGGAGUUGGAAGAGACGGAUGGAAAUUUGUCCUUCUAGCUCGCUUCUCCCCAAUACCAUCUUAUAUUAUCAACUAUGGUUUGGCUGCAACAGAUGUUCAUUUCUUCAUUGAUUUCCUUCUCCCAACAGUAAUUGGCUGCAUACCAAUGAUCUUACAGAAUACUUCUGUUGGCAGCCUCGCUGGUGCAGCCAUUAGUUCAACUUCCAGACCUCAGAAAUCUGGGAUUCUAUCCUAUAGCUUACCUGUUCUGGGGAUUGUGUCCAGCAUUGUGAUCUCAUGGAGAGUUAAAAAAUAUUCAUCGCUGAUCACUGUAGUUGAAGAUGAUAAAUCUUCAAAGGAAAAUUUCUCUCCAACUAAUGCCAACAAUUCUGCAGCUUGUCAAACUUUAUCUGGCAAAGCUGGUUUGGAGAAGAGGCAGUAACUGGACUUGAGUUUUUCCUUUGUGCGGUUUAUUGGAGGGAAAGCAUUCAUGUGUUACAUCUAGAAACAGUGAACUGCAAGUUAUAUAUACCAAAAGGUUCAUUAUUUGAUC